CGGUGGAUUAAAUCCGAAAGCUUAUUGAGACCCAUGAAAUAACUCCGACGACGAGAUGAGAUUAAUUGCGUUGAUUUUCAUGUUGUAUUGCCUUUAUCCUCUUCAUGAGUGUCUGGGAAUGCGACACGAGCAGGAGCUACAGGCGACAAGGGAGCGAAAUGGCAAACGCAAGCGAAACACUCGUCCAUUGGUUAGAGACCAGGCAAAGCCAGCUGCAGAGUACGAUGUGUUUGACAUCCACGCCGCUGCUCAGAAUCCAGGCCUGACGUUUGCAUCACCGCCUUUCGUAAGCGGUCCAAGUUAUGGUGCACCAGUUACUUUCGGAGGCCAUCCAGACUAUGCCGACGGGGGAAACCUCAACUUCGGUCAUCUUAACAGAGGUUCUUUCUUGCCGAAUUUCGGUUUCCCAGAUUUCGGAAAUUUUCCUCGUUUCGGGAGCCCAGGCGCACAGAGUCAAGAGCGACCUUAUAUACCACCAGUUUCCAAAGUUCUAAAGGAAGGCAUAAACGCAUUUUUGCCUGCGGGAGCGCAGAAAUAUUCUAAUCCAGGAAUUUCAGUGCCAAGCCAACCGACUCCCUUAGAACCCAUCCUUAAAACUCCAGGAAGUCAAAACCAAUUUGAUGCACUUCGACAAGUCGCUGUUAAUCCACUCCAGACAGCUUUCUCAGCGGCCAUCAAAGACCCAAGUUUGUCGCCAUUGCCGUUCCCUGAACGAAAAAAUUCAAAAGAACAAACUGCAGAAUUGACUAGAAGAGUUGAACAAGAUUUACUUGCAGUUGAGAAAACUUUCACUCCCGAAGAAAAGAAAACCAAAGCAGUAUACGACAAAAUAGAAGGAAUUUCUAAUCCCCCAAGCAUUCCCCCAAUUGUUGUUUCUGAGCCUAGGUUAGAGAACAAAUUACCAGUGCCAGGAGAUAGACAUAAAGUUGGAGAGCCAGAGAAUUAUGUCUCACAUGGCGGAUUUCCAAUUCGCAGCGAUUCCAAACUAUCCCCCUUCCAGCCGUCACCUCCACCUGCUCCUCACACCAGUCAUGCUUCAACUGGAAUCACGAAAGGUGGAACGUCGCCAGACUACGGAGUCGGUCAACAACAAGAUUAUGUCUCGUCUCAGAAGUCACAGGAAACGUCACCGCAGGAUUACGUCCCUCAUCAAGCUUUCCCGAAAGCGGCACAUCCAGGAUACGCUGCACAUCAAACCUUAGGCACAGAUGCACCCCACUCACCUUCUAAGAUUUUACAGAAUGAACAAACAGCUGAAUUUGUUCCACUUCAAACGGGGCCUCGAGACACAUCAGUAGAAUUUAAAUCUCCAAAGAUUAUUACAGCAGAAAAUUAUAAUGAUGGUAAGCAAGGUCCCAUACUGAACGGGCAAAAAAUUCCAACAUUUACUGGAGCUGAUUUGAAAAUUGAGAGAGAUGCAUUUUUAACACCUGGCCCAAAAAGAGGAGAAUAUUAUCCCUUGACAAGGUCUGGUGGGAGUUUUCCCGUUAGAAACCAAGAGAUAUUAUCAGAAAAUCAACAAAUCGAGAAGCCGACGCGACCGGAAAUUUAUGACGUUAGGGAGGCUUCUAGAGAAUCUUCGCAAAGAGAAUCUGGUGCUUACGAAGCACCACGCUCAUCAUCCAAAUUUCCUGUUAUCGAAUACAAGCAAUUCGCACAUCAGCCAGAAAGCCUGAGCACAACCGAGGAUCAGCAUUCGCAGGUGCUUCAGUCGUUCGGUCUCCGUCCGCUGCCGAAACCUCCUACAACAGAAGCGCCCACAUUGUUUUCAGGAACAGAAUUACUUUCGCUGGUGCAAGGGUCGCAUCCCGCUAAACCCACAGCUCCAGCAAACGAUUUUUUGACCGUUGCUAGUACGACUGUUCAAAGUAUCAGGCCAUAUCUACUCGAUCCAGACAGCGACAGUAGUUUAGAUUACGACCGUGUGGAGCCACAAAAAACUCCCACCGCACCAACUAAUGUGUUUCCCAACGAUCACUUCAAGGCACAAUCGGAAUCAUCCCACAUUCUGAAUACGCCUAGUGUACCUUCAGCUUUUCAAGUUAGAAGACAGCCCUCGCCCCAUGACAAACAUGACGUCUACUUGAAUCAUCAGGUGAGAAUAAAUGACAAGUCUUAUGAACAGACUAAAGAUAUAUCGGGUCCGCAGAACUUAUUUCGCGAGCCAGAAUACAAUAGUGACUCCGAUAAAAUUGCAACUGACUUAGGAAACUUUUAUCAAUAUGCUCCAGGAUAUCAAAUUCGUAAGAUUCACGAUUCUCAAGGCUUCAAAGACCCUAAUUCGAUUUACAUCAAACCCACAGAAUUACGGGGACCAGAUCUAAACCCGUCGCCGCACAGGGAGCCGCUUGACGAUGAACCGACUUCAUUCGAACAACUACCUCUACAGAGGCCUAUAAAAAGAGAAAGUUUUGAUGCACUUGACGAAAGGCAGACAAUCAACUUUACUUUAACGACUGAUAGAAAAGACCCGGUUUUUAUAGAGCAGCUUGACAGUUGUGGAAAAGAAGGCUGUGGACACGGAUAUGAUAAACAAGUACCGACUGUCGGUAUUGAAGGUACAGACAAAGGAAUCAAAGAGAUGCUUGAAAAGACUGGAUUCGUUGCCACAGAAGUAAGAAUAACUCCAUACCUUUUCCCUCGAGAUCGAAAAGAAUUUUUUCCUGAGAAUGUGAGUCCGGAAGUAAAACAUUUCAAUCUCAAUGCUGGUAAGGUGAUAAAAAAUCCUUUAGACCAUUUAUAUGAGCGCGGUUACGAAGCAGAGUCACAACUACGCAGUCCAGUAUCGGACUUCGAGGAGGUCAGUAGUGUCCUGGAACAUGAUAAGAAGGUAUCGCUAACAGUGCAAAAAGUCCUAGGUGAAGACGAAGCUAAGCUACAGAAUCCAGCGAAAGAAACACUCAUUCCGGCCCUGAUACCGGAAAUUUUGCCUCAGUCACUCAAACCCGUCGUUGCCAAAGACCUGAAAUUUGAACGUGAAUUAUUGGAAGAUGGUACUUCACAAGUUUUUUACACCCCCAUAAAUUUGAAAUUCAACGUGAAAUCAGAACAAAAUUUGUCCCUCCCCCAAUCUGCACCGUUUGAUUCCCAACGGACACCUAAAGUAAAAUUUGGUCAAACUAUUUUUGAGGGAGGGAAAAUCGCUUCUCAAAUAAAUUUAAACCUCAAAAAUGAUGACAUGUUUGAUACACUGAAAAAGAAUAUAGCACAGAAUAUUUCCGGGCGUCAUUUUGUUGUUGAUAACGAGAAUGAACGUGGGCAAACGUAUGUUUCUGACAGUCGAAGAAAAUUUCAGUCGAAAAUAAUCCAGAAUAUCGUUACGCAACCAGCAGUUGAAGAACAAAUACCUGUACCAGAAUUUUCAAUACCCGACCGGGGCACCUCAUUGGCCCCGCAUAUCACAGAUGUAGAACGGGCCCAACUAAGCUUUUACAAUGGCCAUCCUCUUCUGAGAAAUUCUUCAUUGGAAAUUUCUUCACUACAUUCAUUAUUCUUCAUAAGCCCACCACCCCCUUCAAAAAGUCGAACCGAACAUACCAACAAUCCAAAGCUCACUCCAAAUAAUUAUACAGUCAAAUCUAAGUUUGAAGCACCGACAGAUGGAGGUCUGGACCCAGAAGAAGCAACGCAAGUUUCGAGCUUCAUCCCACAGGGUCCUGCUGUUGAACCGAAAAUCACCACUCAUCGUGCACUGGGCCUAGCAAGUGUCCCGCUUGGUCCUCAGAGUGUUACAGAACCUUCGGAGCCCAUACGAAAGACGCAAAAUGAGGGCUUAUCAUACACGAUUCAAUGGCAUAAGACCGGUGCGCCAGCAUCAUCUAAUCAUCCUAUUUCCUCUUCACUCAAGGAAAAUAGCGAAAACUAUUUAACUAACUCACCUCGUAAAGUUCAGAACACAAGUACGUAGCUCAUCCCAACUCCGGCUUUUGUUGGAGAUACUUGUAUUCAUACUUAAUGACAUAACAUUCAAUUAGUAGUUGAAAAUGCUUAAGAAACAUUUAGGACACCCCCGCGCUCAAUAGUUAAAAAUCCAGCAUGAACAUUCAAAUGACCCAUUUUCUUUCAUUCUGAUCAUAAACGAAACGAGUAUUUCUUUCAGUUAAUAUCUAUGACAUACAAAGUCAUAAUAAUCAAUACAUGUAAAAAAACUAUACAACAUCAAAUUCAACAUUUGAAAAAACAUAAAACAAACCAUGAACAAGAUAUAGGAACUAUCCUACAGCUAUUCAUGUUGUUUGAAUAAAUAUAUUGAGAUUGAUCAUAUAUAUCGCUAAUUAUCAUACGCAAGAUUGAUUUUUAACAAAUUUGAUUCAGUUGAUUCAUCUUGAGUUUUUGAAAAAAAAUGAAGCAGAUUCUGCGCUGAUUUGAUUGAGCCUGGUAGAGAAAAUUUUGAAACAACUUCUAAAAUACAGUCUCGAUUACAAUUUUCUAGAGAUAAGAGGUUAGUGUGCUACAUUCAAAUUCUUACUAGUUUCUGGGGGUUAGGAACCCGCAACUUGCUGCUUCAAUCGUUAUAUUCUCAGCCACCUUGCCAUCUCGCCCAUUUGACAAGAACUGUCACAAGAAGCUAGGAUCGAACCCACAUCUCAUUGCUCCAAUCCUGCUGAUACCCUAAUCUGUAACCACUGGGCUUCUCUGCUGAUACAAGUGAAGAUUCAAAAGACACCCAGUUAACC